GGUAAAAAGAGACCUAAGGCUGUGAGCUGCUAGGCUGGAGUAGAAAUUUCAGUGAGGCUGAUACACCUGGUGAUAACCCCAUAUGAAGGGUCCUCAGGAUCCUUUGCCCUGCACAACAUUUAGGUCACACGGAAAUAGGACUUUUCUCCUCCCACCUUUAAGCUGGAGAUCAUGAUUAAAUUUAAGAUCUGAUUUGGUUCCAGGAUGAGAGACACAGGCUAGUCCUCUUCCGGUAGACAACCUUCAGGAUCUUAACCCUAGACUCUGCGGAUGAGGUAAAGGAAACAAUAAAUUAAGAGUGUCGUUUGGGUACUUAAAUGAAUUGGGUUUGGGCUAGAGCUUGCCGGAAGCUUUUUCAAGAACGCCCUAAAUGGUUUCCACUCGCGAACGGCGCCAGGAGUGCUUAAUAAGUGUAACCGGGCGAUCCAAGUAGCAGCAGCUCCUAUCCAGUUAAGCGAACAUCCCCAGAGAACAAUAAUUUGCAGAACGGCCAACUGCAAUCUGAGAGAGGGAGACGCUGGCUACUGGAAGUCUCCGCCAGCCCGAACCUGCUUACCCCGCAUUCCUCCAGUUCAUCCCGAAAACCCCUCCGUUUACAAUUCUUUUGGCCCUGAACUCGGCAAUUUAGGGGAGAAGCCGAACCCCAGUGGCUAGGACGCCUCACGGAAGCCACGGGAACAAAGUAGGUCGCCAGGCUCUCCUGCAGGUCGAGCGGGUCUUGGCAUGACCGCCGCAGGCGGGCGUCCACGGUGGCGGGCUCCCGCCCCUCACGCAGCUGCGACCUGCGGGGGCGCGCGCAGCCUCGUGGGGUUCUCGCGGAUGCGCGCCGGGCGGGGAGCGCGCAGGGCGGAGAGCCGGGCGCGAGCGACGCAGCUCACCUGCCGCGGGCGCCACCACGGACGUGCCACGCGGGUGGCCCUCGCUAUUCGGCAGCACCGAAGGAGCCCCCCCUCGGUCUGGGCGUGCCAAGGGGUUAAAAUGAACGAAGACCCGAAGGUCAAUUUAAGCGGGCUGCCUCGGGACUGUAUAGAAGCUGGUACUCCGGAGAACAUCUCAGCCGCUGUCCCCUCCCAGGGCUCUGUUGUGGAGUCAGAACCCGAGCUCGUUGUCAACCCCUGGGACAUUGUCUUGUGCAGCUCAGGAACCCUCAUCUGCUGUGAAAAUGCCGUCGUGGUCCUUAUCAUCUUCCACAGCCCCAGCCUGCGAGCACCCAUGUUCCUGCUGAUAGGCAGCCUGGCUCUUGCAGACCUGCUGGCUGGUCUGGGACUCAUCAUCAAUUUUGUUUUUGCCUACCUGCUUCAGUCAGAAGCCACCAAGCUGGUCACAAUUGGACUCAUUGUCGCCUCUUUCUCUGCCUCUGUCUGCAGUUUGCUGGCUAUCACUGUGGACCGCUACCUCUCGCUGUAUUACGCCCUGACGUACCACUCCGAGAGGACCGUCACCUUUACCUAUGUCAUGCUAGUGAUGCUCUGGGGAACUUCCACCUGCCUGGGGCUGCUGCCUGUCAUGGGCUGGAACUGCCUGAGGGACGAGUCCACCUGCAGCGUGGUCAGACCCCUCACUAAGAACAACGCCGCCAUUCUCUCCAUCUCCUUCCUCUUCAUGUUCGCACUGAUGCUCCAACUCUACAUCCAGAUUUGUAAGAUUGUGAUGAGGCACGCCCAUCAGAUAGCCCUGCAGCACCACUUCCUGGCUACGUCGCACUACGUGACUACCCGGAAAGGGAUCUCCACCCUGGCUCUCAUCCUGGGGACCUUUGCCGCCUGCUGGAUGCCUUUUACCCUCUAUUCCUUGAUCGCCGAUUACACCUACCCCUCCAUCUACACCUACGCCACCCUCCUGCCCGCCACGUACAAUUCCAUCAUCAACCCUGUCAUAUAUGCUUUCAGAAACCAAGAGAUCCAGAAAGCCCUCUGCCUCAUCUGCUGUGGGUGCAUCCCUAACACGCUGUCCCAGAGAGCACGCUCUCCCAGCGAUGUGUAGCAGCGUUCUCCCCACAGGACGCUGGCUCUACUAAGCGCCCCACUGCCCAGGGCAGCCGGUGACUUCCUCCCCUUAAAUUCUUUGCACUGGAUCUCACAGGCAGAAGCAACGAUAUCUUUUAGACUAGUGUUGGCAGUGGAAAUCAUGUUACCAGUGUUUUAAAAAACUCAACUUCUCGGCUUAGCAUUCUGUUGUUUGGUUUGGGAGUUAGGAGUUGUUUGUUUGUUUGUUUGUUUGGAGGGUGUAGUGGCACCUCAUGUGGCCGUAAAAUUAUACACAAGUCUCAGGAUUUUUAACCUAGACUUGAAAAUAAAUCAGUUUUAAAGGAAACUGGAGAAGGAAUUGCUUUUUCUGAACUUUGUUUGUUUGUUUUUUAAAUCAAGAUAGACCUUCCAUUCUGUAUGUAUCUAACAGGAUAGGAGCUUUUUCAUAUGACCAAAAUAGUUUACAUAAUUACGUUUGGGAGGACUCAUGUUUAUUUCCAUGAACUCCAUAGAAAGUGACCAAUAAAAAGGGCGGGAGCUCCUUUAUUCUUUCUCUACUCUCAGUAGUAGUGACUGCUCGUCAGAAUCACUUUGCAGUUUCUCCGUGCUCCAGUUUGGUUUGCAUGGUUACCAUGGUUGUUAGACAACCGACUGCAAUACCGCCAGGUUAAACCCAGAGUUAAAAGAGUCACUGUUUUCAAUACAGUUUCCAAAGCGAGUCAUGAAAGAAAAAAAAAUGUUUCCAAUUACAUAAAAGAUAGCACUGAUUAGAUUUGCCAUUGUGAUUGUUAAAACUCCAGACUAGUGGUUUUCAGAGAAAAGAAAAGAGAGAAAAUAUUAAUGGUAUCUAUUAAAAGUAGAUUAUAUUUAUUUUUAAUAUGUUCUGAGAGAAUAAAUGGGUGCAACACUAUUAAGAAAUAUACGAA